AUGGGAUCCUUCAAGCACACAGUGGACGAUGGGCUGGACGUGCGGAAGGCGGCCUUCGAAUGCAUGUACUCGCUGCUCGAGAGCUGCCUGGGCCAGCUGGACAUCUGCAAGUUCCUGAACCAUGUGGACGACGGCCUGAAGGACCACUACGAUAUCCGGAUGCUGACCUUCAUCAUGCUCGCUCGAUUGGCUACUUUGUGUCCUGCGCCCGUCCUGCAGAGGGUGGACCGGCUCAUUGAGCCACUCAGGGCCACCUGCACCGCCAAGGUCAAAGCUGGUUCCGUGAAGCAGGAGUUUGAGAAGCAAGAUGAACUGAAGCGCUCUGCGAUGAGGGCAGUGGCCGCCCUGCUGACCAUCCCUGAAGUGGGGAAAAGCCCCAUCAUGGCCGACUUUUCUUCUCAAAUCCGAUCCAACCCUGAACUCGCAGCCCUCUUCGAAAGCAUCCAGAAGGAUUCUGCUUCAGCCCCCAGCACAGACUCAAUGGAGCUCAGCUAGUCCUCCCCCAGUCCCCAGGUGGGCCCUUACUCAAGAGAAGGGGGCCUGCCCAAGUCUGA